UUGGACAUGGACUUGAAAGGCUGAGACAUGGCUUGAAAGUACGCGGUUGUCACAAUAAUGAAAUAGCUAAUGUGGUAUGUGGAAGUUCAGAACGUAUAUAGUGUAAGUAGGGGUUGAUUUUGUAGUAGACUGUGUCUCAAGGACGUGGAAAGAGGAAGACAAACUCGAGUAUCGAGAAGGGGACUCGAUUAAUUGUUAGCUAACGUUACGGAUAGAUUAAAAUGGAUAGCAAAUAUGUCUUGACUACAAAAUACGUGUUAUCGACAUAUCCACUGCAGCACACGAUUUUCAGGCCUCGUCCAGUUGAAUAUGUUUCAGCUAGUUCCGUAAUCUAAACCCCAUCCGACAGCUACGGCAAAAGGUGAGACAAUUCACCCAAUACCGCAUUCUAAUUUAGUAAAAGGAUUAUGGACGUUCCACUUUGGAAUUUGAACAAAUUACUUGGGUUCCUCGCUGCGCAACUCGAAUGUCAGCAAAUGUUUGUCUAGUAAUCUGACGUGUGUCACAAUUUUUACUACUUCAGUUUUUCUUCUCACGUUCAACAGGGGGAUAUUUUCUCGAUUGAAGGGAAUAUAUGGGAUCGCAAGUUUCAUUGGAUGAAAUGAGUGUGCGCGCGGGGCAGGGUAGCGACGAGGUGCUUGUGUCCCAGGCAGUGUGGGACUACUUGGCCGCCGCCGGCCGGCCCUGGCUCAUAGACUUCCAGGACAAGCAGGGCCUCAUCGCCGGCAUCAUCCGCAGAGGGGAGCGGGGAGGCUGCUGCGCAGUGCGGCUACGCCCCGUAGAGGGCUCCCGUUCUGGGGGAGGACCUGGGAUGAUGGAGGGGGGACCGAUCUCCAAUGAGACCCUUAAGUCCUUCAUAGACUUAUGCCGCUGCGCCCGGAAAGAGAUGAGCAAACAGGAGACUGGUCCUAAGUGGAAGAGGUCUGUGCUGCCCUGUGUUGGGGUGGGGGUCCUGGAGGGGGAUGGAGAGGGGAGCCUGCUACCACCUCAGCCUCCCCAGCCCAGACGCUCUCAGAGGCAGCAACAGAGGUAUAGGAAGCCUGCGGAGGAUGAGGCCUGUGUGGUCCUCUCCAACUCUAUGAACUGCAUGUCCCACGAUGCAUCAGGACAGAGGAAGCAGGACAACAUGGAAGUCAAGUGCAGUAUGAUGGCAUCCUCUCAUAGCCACUCCCACAGUGAAGCAGACGACCACACCUCAUGUUCCAUCUGCAUGGGCGACAUGGUGGAGAGGACGACACUGGAGAGGUGUGGCCACGCAUUCUGCCGUACAUGUCUGGACCAGGCCUUCAAGGUGAAGAGAGCGUGUCCGGUGUGUCGUCUGGUGUACGGCCAGCUCAUAGGCAAUCAGCCGGCUACUGGGAGUAUGAUGGUGGAGAGGGACCCAGAUCUCGAGUUGCCGGGACAUGAGGGCUACGGGUGUAUCUGCAUCAUCUACAGCUUCCCACCUGGUCUACAGGCGCCGGAGCACCCUAACCCUGGUGUAAGCUACCCGGGUACGGACCGCGUGGCGUACCUUCCAGACACCCCAGAGGGGAACCGGGUCCUGGGCCUGCUCCGCCGGGCCUUCGAGCAGCGCCUCAUCUUCACUAUAGGGACCUCCAUGACCACGGGAAUGCAUAAUGUCAUUACCUGGAACGACAUCCACCACAAGACCUCCAUAUGGGGCGGACCACGCUGCUUUGGCUACCCAGACCCCACUUACCUGGUGAGAGUGACUGAGGAACUCCGAGAGAAAGGCAUCACUGCAGACUGACCGUCCACAGAAUGUUCCAUUCUAGGAACACUAGGAAAUCUAGGAACCUCUAGCUAUCCUGUCCCGCUGCUGGUGGUUGCAGGCUCCAGGAGCUAGACCCAGCAGGGCAGCGGAUGGAUACGAGAGGUGUGACAGGGUCCGGCUCCACAGCAGCCACAAGAGUGGAGGCCCCCAUAUCUCUCCAAGACCUCUUUAUGGUUCAAAUCCUAACUUCCACUUAAGUUGAAUUUUCACUUAAUCAUGCACUGAUGUCAAUGGGAGACCAUUCGACUUAAUUGGAAGUGAAAAUGUGUCUUAAGUGGAAUUUAGGAUUCACCCUUGUUCCUAUGUUAGGUAUGUAUCUUCUGAGUUCUGCUCAAUCCAGCAGGACUUUGUGUGCAAGAAAACACAAGUGAGAGCAGUGCAUUCUCUGUGUGACACAAUCCUCUACCUUUCACUUUUGUUGAGAAUAGCAGGACAGUUUUUGGCUGAACUCAUCGGAGCAGUUAUCAUAUAGUGCUUAAUAAAUUUCAAGUACUUACUACUUCAAUAUUAUUUUGAAAUAUAAGUUUAAAGAGAAGUCUAUGAUGUCUGAUAUGUUGAUGUUUAUUUCCAUGCUGGGGCACACAUGUUCUUUAUUUACCUGUUGCAAGCGCACAUUAUUUGUGGUCUUUCCAGUACGUUCGUAGAAUAAUUCUUUUUUUUCUUCUUCUGUGAUAAGCUGUUACUUCCAGUUCGUAUAAAGACCGUAUCCGAGAUAGUAGGUGGCAGGCAGAAUAGCUCUGUCUGCUUCUAAAUAAUUUAAUUUCUCUAAAAGACGUUGCAAUCUAAAGCACUCACAGGCACUUUGACAAAGGGAGUCAGUCAGUCAGUCAGUUGUUCAGUUCAGUGGAUGGCUGGUUGUUCUCUGCAUAACAUUAGAAUGAUCAUGGUUCUCUGCUUCCUUUUCAGGGAAGACUGGUAUAUGGAAUAGUGCUCUGAGCAAAUCGGGCAGGUGUUAGUCGUUAACAGCCCUGAAGCUAAUAGCCUGGUAGCUGUAAGUUGAUGUCAAUUUGCUUAGAGCCCUUCAUUUCCCUUUUGAUCUUCCUCUCCUUUGAUUUCUUCUCGUUUUUACUUACGUAGGAAGAAUGUUUUCUAUUUGUGCUGGUCUAGGAUCAGUGUGGCCUUUUUAAAUCAUUAGAAUAAAAGAGGGACCCUGAUCCUAGGUCAGCACUCGUACUCUGAGACGCUUUAUGAAUAUGGGACCAGGUUUUGAACUGCUUGAGUUAGGUUCAGUUUGAUGUCCAGUCAGUCAGUGGUCCUCAUUUUCUAAUGACCAGAUUUACAUGAUGAUGUCAAAUGAGAAGGGCAAGAUGUCGAACCACUUAAACCAAAUCAAAGGCAGAUUAGGGCUCUGUAAUAAUUACCUAUGCCCCUGGCUGUGUCUGAAAUGGCACUCUAUUCCCUAUAUAGUGCACGAGUGCCAAUAGGGGCCCAUAGGGCUCUGGUCAAAAGUAGUGCACUAUAUAGGACCCAUAGGACUGGUUGAAAGUAGUGUACUGUCGGGAAUAGGGUGCCCUGUCUGACCAGGAGACGUUGUUUGAUGAUUGUCUCAUAGAUACCUCAUUAUUUAUGAUUAUUUAUCUGCUGUAAUUCACAUUUGUCUUCUUAAGACAUAAUCUAGGAUUAACAAUAAGUACCUGUAAUAUCAAAAUGUUAAGGAGAGUACUGCAGUCCCUUAUAGGUGUAUUGUCAGUGAUGUAUUUAGUUAUAUUUACAUUUACACCUUGUUUUGAUACAUUUAUCUCAAUGUUAGCGUGCCUUUCUUCUAUACAAGUUUGAAGAAAAUGUAGCAUGUUGAUACUAAUGAAUGAUAAGCAAUUCUUUAGUGGACUGUAUGAAAUGUGUUAUUUGGAGGGUCAGAUGCAGCAGCAUUACGUUUGUGCUUUCUCUGCCUUCCUACAGUUUUUGAGAAUAUAGAAACUGUGUAUUUGAUGUAACCUUUCUGUUAUAAACAGUCGAAGUAGUCCAAAAACGUAGCCUCACUCUCAUAUGAACAAGCUAUGUGUGUGAUUUCAAAAAGUAACUUUUUGAUGAGAAGAAUAUGCAUAUAGAUAGUCUAGUCUGUGUUAACCUCUUUUUAUUAAUUUGUCUGCAGUCAGAUGAUGUGAAAGAAUUUACUCGGACCAUACAUUAAUUAAAUAUCCCUUGGCUACAACCCAAAUGGCACCCUAUUUAUGAUGGCAAAACUUGUGAACUAUAUAGGGAAUAAUGUGGUCAAAAGUAGUGCACUAUAUAGGGUGCCAUUUGGGACGUAGUCUGUAUUUUUCGUUUAGGGACCAACUCAAAUAUCUUUGGGAAACAGGAAUAGUACUUUAAAUCAAGGUACCAUGCAAAUAUUUAUAUGCAGUAAACUAUGUAAGUGAACUGGGGGUUGGGGUACCGGGAGGGGAAUAAAUACUGAAAAGGAUUGUAUUGCAAAUUGAUUGUGAAAAGUUAGUUUUGCUUUUCUAAUUGUGUUGAUUCAUAUUUUAUGAGUCUGUUGAUAUUCAAAAAUAGUGUGGUUUACAUUUUAAUACUUGAAUAAAAGGUUAUGUUCUGUU